UAAAGAAGGUAGAUCACCUUUCGCCAGUGUUUCAAAUGAGGUGGGCACCGAUUUUGGUAUGGUUGUGCUGGUAUGCUCCUACUAUUACUGCUAUGGGCGAAGAAGUGGAGAACAUAGGCUCUUCAGGAUAUGAUGUUGCAUCGGAAAUAUUAACAAAGUCCAUCAAUUUCUCGGUGGAUCCAUGCGAAGAUUUUUUUGAGUUUACCUGUGGUAACUGGAUAGCUGAUCAUCCGAUACCCGAAGACAAAUCUACCUAUUCACAGAUAGAAAUGCUCACUGACAAAGUGCAAGAGCAAAUGAGAGAAAUAUUUGAAUCGGAUGAGACGUUCGGAUCGCAAUCCAUAAAUGCACUGAAAGCCAUCUACAAAAAAUGCAUGGACACGGACGAGCUGAAUCGUAUCGGUGCUAGGCGAUUGAUAGAAUACAUUAGGACUUUCGGUGUUUGGCCGAUUUUGGAUGGAGACGAAAAGUGGAAAGAAGAAGAUUUUGAUUUGACGUCGCUGCUGAUUCAUGUAAACCUAUUCCGCAAUGGCGAUGUGUUCAUCAUGACGACUUUCCUUAACGAUCUCAAAAACGUCUCACGCGUGCUCUUCAUGUUUGAUCAAGACUCUGGUAGCGUAGGCGACCCUUCGCGAGCUAACCUUUUAAAUGAAGAAAUUCAUAACAAGGCACUUGAGGCUUCCGAGGCUGUGAGAAAACACCUAAUCAGCAAGGUUGAGCUAUUACAAAAGGAUGGUGAUCUGCCCACCAACAGAACAAAAAUUGAAAAGGACGUCGACGAGUUAUUGGAUUUGGAAAGGAAAAUGCACAAGCUCACAGUUGCAGAGGAGGACCGCAGGGACCAUUCCAGAUAUAACCUUUAUCACUUGAGUGACAUGCACAAACUCAUGCCUUUGGUCGACUGGUCGCGUUUUCUUCUAGCCAUUGCUCCGGUUGCUUCUCAUCAAUACUUUGAAUCAGAUCCAGAAAUUCUCAUUGCAGAAGUUGACUAUAUGAAAAGGAUAAGCAAACUUUUGCAAUCAACGGACCCUCGCAUAAUCACAAACUAUGUUUUCAUGCGAUUUUCUUCAAAAUGGGAAGGAGAAAUAGGAGAAAAAUAUGAAGACAUUGAACAGGAAGUCAAUAAGGUUAUGCUGGGACAACAGCAGAAACUCCCGCGAUGGAAGUAUUGCACUAAACACACUAUGGAACAAAUGGAAUACGCUACCAGCGCGAUUUAUGUAAAAAAGGCAUUCGACCAGGCUUCGAAGAAUGUCACCUUGGAGUUGUUGGAAAAUUUGCUUGAGAUAUUCCGAGACAUCCUUAGCACCAGUGACUGGAUGGACGAUGAAACUAGAGCUGCAGCUUUGGAUAAGGCGAACCAGAUGUUGCCCCUGAUUGCCUAUCCUGACUUUAUUUUGGAUGAUGAAAAGCUCGACCAGUACUACGACGGUCUGAACGUGCACGAUAAUGAUUCAUACAGUGAGAUGCUCGAAAAAGUGGGGAGAUGGAAACUUGAAUCUUACUUCAAACAACUGAUUAGACCUGUGGAUCGUUCCGAGUUUCGCUACGGUGUUACUGAUUUGAACUCUGCCACAGUGAAUGCUUAUUAUCUGUUUACGGCUAAUUCUAUUCGCGUUCCUGCUGCCUUUCUUCAAGCUCCACAUUUUCAUCACACCUUUCCUAGAGCUUUAAAUUACGGGGGAUUGGGAACGUCAAUUGGGCAUGAAAUUACGCAUGGCUUCGAUGAUCAAGGACGUCGGUUUGAUGCUGUUGGUAAUCUACGCGAGUGGUGGCACGCCGACUCGAGAAAAAAGUUUGUGGAUCGAGCUCAGUGUAUAAUCAGCCAAUACGGAAAUAUAGAGGUACCUGAAACCGGUCUCAACAUCAAUGGAAUACUCACUCAGGGAGAAAAUAUUGCUGACAACGGUGGAGUAAAAAUUGCCUAUAGGGCUUACCAAAAUUAUCUGCAAAAACAUGGUGGAGAGGAAAAAAGAGUUGAAGGUCUGGAACAAUUCAGCAACGAGCAGAUGUUUUUCUUGGGCUAUGCUCUCGUUAAGUGUGAACAUUCCACAAGUGACCGGCUACGUAUACAGCUCCUCAGCGAUAUCCACGCUCCGCCACGUUACCGAGUCAAUCAAGUGCUGGCCAACCAACCCGAAUUUGCUGCUGCUUUCGGAUGUAAACCGGGCACUGCCAUGAACCCUGCAAAACGCUGCGCUGUAUGGUAAAUUUGGGAAGUGUCAAAUUAAAAAGUCGUCUAUAAAGAAUUCAUAUACUUACUUUUGCUUGUAAAUGAACCAAGUAAGCCGUGGUGUAUAAAAUGUGGGUCACUCUGUCUAUUUCGAAUUUAGAACUGAAGCGAGGCAUAUUAAAUUAUUACGCUUACUUCAACGUUUAUUCCUUCUUAAAUCGUGUAGUGUGUGUGGUUGUAAUGCGUCUUACAUUUUGAGUACGAUACCAACUCAAAUGAAAGUUAC